AUGAAACGUAACAAUGGACGUUUAUUUAUUUUUCAGAAAAAAGCGAUUGCAAUACCAACGAAAGAAACGUUCCUAUUAGGAGGAGAAUGCAGCAAAGAUCGAGAGUGUGAAGGCAGUAUAAUCAACAGUCGCUGUCACUUGGGUUAUUGUCGGUGCCUUCCCUAUUUUGCUGAAUAUAAUGGAACCCACUGCUUAAAAUCAAAUCUUCUUGGCCAGGAUUGUGUCAUUAAAGAACAAUGCUCAUUAAAAGUAGCAAAUAGCAGCUGUCUCGCUGGGGUAUGCAGGUGCGAAGAAGGAUUUCUACAAUUUCGAAGACACACAUGUUUAGGGCGAGUGAGAAAUUGUAGUUUGGUUCUGUGUGAUCUUGGCCGAUUCUCGAUGAAAUUGCACUCGCACUCGCAUUUACGACCAUGUGCGCCUUUCUUCCUAAGUAAUCGCUUCCACGUUUCCCACGAUCUGCAAACAAUGCGAACUCUUGGUAGAAACAUUGAGGAGAAUGAGGAAAAGGACGAUAUAAAGUGGAAGGAGAGGAAAGCUAAACCGAUUCUCCGAGCAAGAUUCGAGAUACGUAACAUUUUGAAUGGUGACUUGAAGUAG